AUGGGUCUUCUGAGCAUUUUAAAGAAAUUACGUUCAAACACGGAAAGAGAGUUGCGACUGUUGCUAUUAGGCUUGGAUAAUGCAGGAAAGACAACGCUCCUGAAACAGCUAGCAUCGGAAGACGUUUCGCAAGUCACACCUACCGCAGGUUUCAAUAUUAAAUCAGUGCUAUCCAAUGGUUUCAAGCUAAACGUUUGGGAUAUCGGAGGUCAAAGAAAGAUCAGACCAUACUGGAGAAAUUAUUUCGAAAAUACUGAUGUCCUGAUUUAUGUUGUAGACUGUUCAGACCAUCAAAGACUUCAAGAGACUAGUUUUGAAUUAGCAGAAUUGUUACAAGAUGAAAAGCUAAGAGGAGUACCAUUAUUGGUGUAUGCUAAUAAGCAAGAUUUGUCUACUGCGUUACCAUCUAGUGAAGUAGCUCAACAUAUGGGCUUGCAUUUGAUUAGAGACCGCACUUGGCAGAUACAGGCCUGCGUUGCAACUGAUGGAACAGGAGUCAAGGAGGGGAUGGAAUGGGUAUGCAAAAAUAUACCCGUGAAGAAGUAG